UGUACCUUUUUGUUACUAAUACAACCAAGUUCUUUUCAUAACCAUAGAGAAAUAUAUACGUAGAUAUCUUGAAAUUCACAAGCUUAAACAUUUCCUUUUAUUCUUUUCUUCCUCUUACAGAAGAAUUAAUGGAGACCCAAAGAGUCCAAGGCAUUGCUUCUUUAUCCAAAGACACCAUACCAGAAGCUUUCAUUAGAUCAGAGAAUGAACAGCCAGCAACCACAACCGUUCAUGGGGUCAAGCUUGAGGUGCCAGUCAUCAAUUUGAACGACCCAGAUCAAGAAAAGGUGAAACGUUUGAUAGUUGAAGCCAGCAAGGAAUGGGGCAUGUUCCAAAUAAUCGAUCAUGGCAUACCUAGUGAAAUCAUAAGUAAGUUACAAAGUGUCGGUAAGGAGUUUUUUGAGCUGCCGCAACAAGAGAAAGAAGUUUAUGCUAAAAAGCCUGGUGGCAAGGAAGGGUAUGGAACAUUUCUACAAAAAGAAAUGGAAGGAAAGAAAGGUUGGGUUGAUCAUUUGUUCCAUAACAUUUGGCCUCCCUCUGCUAUUAACUAUCAGUUUUGGCCUAAAACUCCACCUUGUUACAGGGAAACCAACGAGGAAUAUACCAAGUACUUAUAUGGGGUGGUAGACAAGCUCUUAAAAAGUUUAUCAUUAGGGUUAGGACUUAAAGAGGAUGAAGUAAAGGAGGCCAUUGGUGGGGAUGAAUUGGUUUACCUUCUGAAAAUAAAUUAUUAUCCACCAUGCCCGCGGCCGGAUCUGGCACUAGGAGUGGUGGCUCAUACAGACAUGAGUGCCAUCACCAUUCUCGUGCCUAAUGAUGUACAGGGUCUUCAGGCCUGCAGAGAUGGCCAAUGGUACGAUGUCAGUUACAUCUCUGAUGCCCUAGUUAUCCAUAUAGGUGACCAGAUGGAGAUUUUGAGCAAUGGAAAGUACAAGAGUGUGCUUCACAGAACAACAGUGAACAAAGAAAAGGCAAGAAUGUCAUGGCCAGUGUUCUUGGAGCCACCGUCGGACUUUGCCGUCGGACCUCAUCCAAAACUUGUCAGCGAAGAGAACCCACCCAAAUACAAGACCAAGAAAUACAGUGAUUACUGUUACUGUAAGUUAAACAAGAUUCCUCAGUAGCAGAUUCUUUUUCCGGGGACAAGUGGUGGACUGUCCAUAUGGAAAUAAAAUAAUUGUCCCUCUCCAUUGUUAUGAGCUGGGGCUAGCUUGCUGUUGCAAUUUAUGAGUCUUUGCUUUUAUGUUUGUAGUGAGAUAUGUAAUAAUAUCUCUCAUGAGAUUUCAUAAUCUUCUUUUAUUGAUGUAGUUUUUUAGUUUUAAUAAAUAGAAUGUUAGUGGCAAGAAAUUUUUUUA